AUGCUAUUAAAACACUCCAUCUUUUCCCUCCUCUGUGCUCUGGAGGUUGCCUGGGCCUCGGAGCCCUCCGCAUGUUUCUCGCCCGACGCCAGAGGCGAAGCCGGCUAUAAAGCAUGUUGUGCGAACCAGGACAAUGGUAAAGGCACUGUAGGCGGGGUCAUAUUCCAGUAUACCUGCAAAACAUUCCUCAAGAAAGGCAAUGACUAUGGCACAACCCACCGGGGAGUCUUCAGCGCGAGGGAAUGUGCCCAGCUAUGUGCCGACGACUCGGGCUGCCAGGGCAGCUCGUGGGGGAGCGGUAUAUCUCAAUGCUUCCUGCUCUCGAGCAAAGGGUACACCCGGUAUACCCCCAACCCCGGGUUCCUCAUUCUCGAGAAGGCGCCCGAGGAGCCGGAGAAACCGGAUCGUGCAAAAGACUGCCAGGAUCUGGUUGAAGCCGGGAAGAAAGAGGGCGAGGCCCAAUGUGCCGCGGAGAAGAAUAAGCUCCGACAAGAGGGAGAAGAGGCUUUGCGUGAGUGCCAGAAGCAGAAGGAUGCCGCUGUAACAGAGUCCAAGACGCAGUGUGAGAAGGAGAAGGACGAGCUGCGCAAACAGGCAGAGGGAGCAGCGCAGAAAGAGCGCGAGCAAUGCGAGAGAGACAAGUCUCAACUGCGCCAGGAACGUGACGACGCAUUGCAGAAGUGCAAGUCGGACUGUGAGGCGGAGAAGGAACAGCUCCGCCAGCAAGGCACCGGUGCAGCAAAACAGUGCGAGAGCGACAAGGCGGGACUACAGCAGCAGCUGAAGACCUGCCAGGACAAACAGCAGCCGACGAAGCCUACCGACACGACUGAAGCUCAGGACCCCAGGUGCCGGGACAACAGCUGGCAGAACAUGUGUGGCGGUGUGUGCCAGGAGGAGACCUUCACCCUUGCUGGAGUCGUGUUCAAGAAGAAAUGCUUCGUGCGGACUGUCCUGGGACGGGAAGUACAGGUCUACCACCGCUCGUCGCUUCUGGAGUGCCUGGAGAAGGACUGUGCUCCCAACAGCAACUGUCUGGGCGUCGGAUGGAGGCCAUGGGAGGUCGGACAAUGCCAUGUCCACAUGAGCAUCGGCCGUGGUCUUCGCACCUCGUACCAUCCCCAUGAGCAUCUUAUCUACGCAAAGGAUCGAGUUGCGCCUGUGGGACUUGCGAGCGUCACCCCGCUGGUCUCGGGUCACUAUGUUUUCUCCAAGCUCAUUGUCGACGGCAAAGCCACCCAGGACUUUGAGUACAUUCGCAGAAACACCAACGGCUACAUGCCCACCCUCCCCUCCGACAUCCUCAGCAAUGACUUCCGCUGUAACCAGGGCUCGAUGGAGUCCGCCGCCAGUACCAAGGUGUAUACGGUGGCCCCAGGCACAGAGCUCGGCUUUCAGCUUGCGUACGGCGCCCAAAUGAAGCACCCGGGUCCUCUGCAGGUCUACAUGUCCAAGGCUCCCGGUGAUGUCAAAUCGUACGACGGCUCCGGCGACUGGUUCAAGGUCUACCAGGAAGGUCUCUGCGCUGACCCCUCCAAGGGGAUUAUGGACGAGGACUGGUGCACAUGGGGCAAGGAUACCGCGUCCUUCAAGAUCCCCGAGGACACCCCGGCCGGGCAGUAUCUUGUUCGGGUAGAGCAUAUCGGCCUGCACCGAGGGUUCAGCGGCAAUGCCGAGUUCUACUUCACCUGCGCCCAGAUCGAGGUGACGGGUUCUGGGUCGGGAUCGCCUAGUCCUGUCGUCAAGGUUCCCGGCGUGUACAAGCCUAAUGAUCCGAACAUCCACUUCAACAUCUACUAUCCUACUCCUACGGCUUACGACCUCCCUGGCCCGUCUGUCUGGACUGGCGGCUCGGCGGGAAGCGUCGGUGCCGGCGCUUCUCCUGCUGUCAGUGCUACUGUGCCGGCUGUCAAUAACAAUGCUGCCUCGGCCACUCCCAACAUGGCGAGACUCACCAAAUCCUCCGCCAAACCCACUGCUGGUGCGGGUACGGGUUGUGGUAGCUCCGUUUCCUCGUCCGCUGGAGCCCCUGCUGGAGUCCUCAAGAAAUAUGCUCAGUGCGGUGGACUGAACUGGACUGGUUCUGGCUCUUGUGAGACCGGCACUACCUGCCACCAGUACUACCCUUACUAUCAUCAGUGUGUUUAG